UCGACGCCACAAGCCAACAAACCGCAACCUAAGCAGGCAGUAGGAGGAGGAGGAGUAAAAUCCCCACAAAAAUAUGAGCGCUAGCUAGAAUACUCCUACGCUAGCAGCCGAGGAGGGAGAGAAGUGGGAGUAGUAUACUCCUAGCCUGCUUCAGGGACGCGAGCUGCUCAGCGUGUGAGAGGGAGAGGGGGAGAGAGGGAUGGCGCGCGUGGAGAAGGUCGCCGGCGGCGAAGGGCAGGUGGAGGUGGUGGUCGGGGUGGACGGCAAGGGGGCGAUAGAGUGCCGGAUAUGCCAGGAGGAGGGGGAGGAGGCCGCCAUGGACUCCCCCUGCGCCUGCACUGGCACGCUCAAGUUCGCGCACAGGAAGUGCAUACAGAGGUGGUGCGACAAGAAGGGGAACAUCACAUGUGAAAUCUGCAACCAGGUUUACUCUCCGAACUAUGUUCUCCCUCCAACCAAGUGCUGUUCAGAUGAAAUGGGCAUGGAUCUUAGGCAAAGCUGGGUUGGACGGAUUGAUCCCCAUGAUUCCCAUUUCCUGGCGAUCGCCAUCGCGGAGCAGCAGCUGCUGAACGCUGAAUUCGAUGACUGCAUGACCUCAAAUUCGAGUGGCGCCACAUGCUGCCGGUCUAUUGCUCUAAUUUUGAUGUUCCUUCUGCUCGUGCGCCAUGUAACCGUGAUCGUGCGAGAUGCUAGCAUGCUACAAGAUGCGACGGUUCUGUUCAGCGCAAUUCUUCAGUUCGUGGGAUUCUUUCUUCCGUGUUAUGUCAUAGCGCGCUUCUGCUAUGCUUUUCAACACCGGAGGCGAAGACAGGUUUAGGGGCAUGCCUGAACCCGGAACCGGACUUUGUCGCGCAAACCGGACCCCUACUUGAGAAGAGAAAGGCGGCGAAGCUUGCGAAGAAGCGAAGCUUCUUCUUCUCCCCCUUGGCCCCGGCGAAUCAUGGUUUCAUGAAAAAUGUAGGCGAAAAGUAGAUGGAUUGUGGUGGACGGAGUAGCUGCAACGGCACCCGUCAAGCUCAACUGUACAUAUGAGAGUCAGUUUACAGCUACAGAUGCAAGUUGAAGUCGA